UCAGGCGAUAUAAGGUUUUGAGCGAAGGCGGACUGGUGGACCUCUGGUGACCAGAAUCAAUCGUUUGCUAAAUAACUUCAUCCAGGAGGGUCACUGUGUGGGCUACCACACUGCGCGCGUCCUCUCCUCCUCAAGGCGAUGCGCAGCGCGUUUAACAGCAGUGUCAGUGGACUACCGAGAGAAUUGCGAGGAUGGAGAUGAGGCGAAGUUGAAAUCCUGUUGCUUCUUGCCGAAUUGAACCAUGGCUAAGAAUACGUCGCUUUAUUUUCGUAUAGUUGAAGGACGGAAUCUGCCGGCGAAAGAUGUGUCGGGCACCAGCGAUCCCUACUGCAUUGUGAAAGUUGACAAUGAGGUCGUGGCCAGGACGGCCACCGUGUGGAAGAACCUGAACCCGUUCUGGGGGGAGGAGUACACCCUACACCUGCCUAUGGGCUUCCACAUGCUCUCCUUCUACGUCAUGGACGAGGACACCAUCGGCCAUGAUGAUGUGAUCGGCAAGAUCUCGCUGACUAAAGAGGUCAUUGCAGCUCAGUCAAAAGGGCUGGACAGCUGGCUGAACCUGACGAAGGUGGACCCGGACGAAGAGGUGCAGGGGGAGAUCCACCUGGAGCUGGAGCUGCGCCGAGAGGCCCAGCGCACCUGCCUCCGCUGCCACGUCAUCCAGGCCAGAGAUCUUGCCCCUAGAGACAUCUCUGGAACCUCAGACCCCUUCACCAGGAUCCUUUACAACAACCACAGCGCAGAGACCUCGAUCAUAAAGAAGACUCGAUUCCCCCACUGGGAUGAGACCCUGGAACUGAUCCUGGAUCAGGGGGAGGAGGAGGGGGGAGGCUGUGUGACAUUGGAGGUCUGGGACUGGGACAUGGUGGGCAAGAAUGACUUCCUGGGGAAGGUGGAGAUCCCGCUGGCCUGCCUCCACAGAACCCCACCUCUGCAGGGCUGGUUCCGUCUCCUGCCUCUGGGCAACACAGAGGACGAUGCUGGUGGUAAGCUGGGAGCGCUGCGUCUGAAGGUGCGUUUGGCAGAAGAGAGGAUCCUCCCCUCUGUGUACUACCAGCCCCUUAUAGACCUGCUAGUGGAGUCUGUCAUCUCACCUGCAGAGGUGGAGGACCCCACCCCUCUGAUCUUGCUGGAGGAAGUGACGACGGUAGAGAGUCGACAGGACGUUGCCAUGACGCUGGUGAAGAUCUACCUUGGCCAGGGGCUGGUGGUGCCAUUUCUGGACUACCUCAACACCAGAGAGGUCAACCACACCACGGACCCAAACACUCUGUUUCGCUCUAACUCCCUUGCAUCUAAAGCCAUGGAGCAGUUUAUGAAGGCUGUGGGGAUGUUGUAUCUACAUGAGGUUCUCAGGCCCAUCAUCAACCGUAUCUUUGAAGAGAAGAAGUAUGUGGAACUGGACCCCUGUAAGAUAGACCUCAACCGCAGCAGACGUAUUUCCUUCAAGGGCUCCAUGUCGGAGGCAGAGGUACGGGAGAGCAGUGUGGGCCUCCUGCAGGCUUACCUCAGCAGCAUCAUGGAGGCCAUCGUGGGCUCAGUGGCCCACUGUCCGCUGGUCAUGAGGGUGGUCUUCAAACAGCUGCACAAGAGGGUGGAGGAGCAGUUCCCUGAACACGAGGAUGUGAAGUAUUUGGCCAUCAGUGGUUUCUUCUUUCUGCGUUUUUUUGCUCCCGCCAUCCUUACGCCCAAACUCUUCCACCUGAGAGAUCACCAUGCCGACACACGCACCAGCCGAACACUGCUGCUGCUGGCCAAGGCUGUGCAGAGUGUGGGUAAUCUGGGUUUACAGUUGGGGCACGGGAAAGAGCAGUGGAUGGCCCCCCUGCACCCCACGAUCCUUUGCAGCGUGGCGUCCGUCAAAGACUUCCUGGACAAGCUCAUCGACGUCGACCACGACAACAUGUCAGAGGUUCCCCAGAGAGCGGUGUUCCUGCCCUCGGUGACGGUGAAAGAGGGGUUUCUGCAGAAGCACAAGGCUGAGGGGCCACAGCUGCUCAAACGCUUCGCCUUCAAGAAGCGCUACUUCUGGCUCAGCAGUGAGACGCUCUCUUACGCCAAGACCCCCGAUUGGCAGGUUCGCUCUUCUAUCCCAGUGCAGUGUGUGUGUGCCGUGGAGAGAAUGGAUGAGAACGCCUUCCAGCUGCACAAUGUCAUGCAGGUGGUCACACAGGACAGCGAGGGGCAGUUACACACCAUGUACCUGCAGUGCAAGAAUGUGAAUGAGCUGAACCAGUGGUUAUCGGCCAUUAGGAAGUUGAGCAUCUAUAACGAGCGCCUCCUCCCCUCCUUCCACCCCGCGUACCGCAGCGCCAAAUGGACCUGCUGCCUCCAGCCAGAGCGCACAGCGGUGGGCUGUAGUCGCACACACUCUGCAGUGACACUCGGAGACUGGAGUGAUCCUCUAGAUCCAGAUGCUGAAGCUCAGACCAUCUACAAACAGCUGCUACAGGGCAGAGACAAACUCAGGAAGCAGUACUUGGAGCCAGAGGAAACAGAAGGCGCGAGAGAGGAAGAGAAACCUGUGAGCUCUGGCCAGUCCUCAGAUGGCCUGAAGAGGGCAGUGCAGGCAUCAGAGCGGAGCAGAGCCAUGGCCACUCGUCUGCUGGAUGUUGUCAUGGAUCUGGAGCGCGCUCACACCACCUACCAACGGCGGGAGAGAGAGGAGGCCAGCUCUCUCAUCCUGCCCCCAUAGACUUCACACUACACACACGUAUACUAUAACUCCUGUACCUACACUCUAUGCUACACAGUCAUAUAUACCACUCACACCUAUACCACAAGUCCUAUACCAGUUAUACUCAUAAUGCACCAAGAACAUUCAUAACGUGCCCUACACAGUCAAACUCAUAUUGUUUUCUGGUCCCCGUACUUUAUAGUGCAUCUUGGGCAAAAGGUGGUGAUUAUGUGAUAUCUGGUGGAGGAGAGGAGGAGGCAUUUUCUUCAACCGCUAACCCAGCGACUAGGUUACAGAAAACAACCCAGAAGUAGUUAAAAUAACUCAACAAAAUGACCCAACAGCCUCAACCCAGCAACCCAGUGCACACUCACUCUGACUUUCACAUAUUCACACAGCACCCAACGCACUUACAAUGUUGCCGACGCAUUCAAACUGCAUUAGCAGAAUUAGCAAAAAAUGUUAAUUUGAUGGCGAAAGGAUCCCUGGUCCCCACUAAACUUGAGGUCCCCACUACAUCCAUAUGAGAGUAUGUUUACACUGAGGCUCUCAUUUACUGACAUUGCGACCGCAGCGCAAUCAGCGCCUUUGCCAAACCUAAUUAAAUGAUAUAUCAAAUAUAAACAUUUAAAAAAAUAACAUUUCUGAUUUUUUUAAUUUCUCGCAGGCACAUAGUUU